AUGUUUUGGCUCGGGCCGGGCAUUCUUUUGCUAGUUAACUACAGCAUCUCUGUCUUGCACAGCACGAAAGUGUCUCCCCGGGCAAGAUAUGAUGCUCGAGUACUUGUGCCGUUGCUUUGUGAUUGUAGUGUUGGAAUCGGGGAUUUGGGGGUUACGCCCUGCUCCAUUGUACUGGUACCGAGGGAGAUGUCUUGGUACGAGACAGGGAUUAUUUCGCGGGUUAGCCCAACCAACUGUCCAGUCACUUUCGGAAUACGGACACUUUGUGCCCUCGUUGUAUUACACCAUUGGGAGGAAUGGAAGGAGGAAGAAAGAUCAAGCGUAUUGAAUUAUUAUUAUUAUUAUUGAAGAGACGUCGGCUCCUCUACUGCGCUAGCCCACCAACUGGACCGGAAUCGGUACGGAGGAAACGUUUAAGAUGCCAUCGAUUUCAAGGGCACACAAUGUUAUGUUAGAUACAAGUACGGUACUGUACUGUACUAGUACGAGUACAGUGCUCGUACACCAGCGCAUACUAUGAGCAGGGGUGGAGGAAAUAAAAAUGCGCUCUGUGCUCUAAACUCGGGC